AUGCGUGAAAGCUUCUUUCUUGCUGUCGUUUUAGAGUCAGGGCUUUACCAACGGCCAGAGUUGAAUACGAAGCUAUACUUGCACCGCCGAGGGUUCAAAAAGAUCGAAAACCUUGAGGAGUAUACAGAGGUGCAGGCUCUCUGGCUCGGUGGAAAUGGCAUUCGAAGGCUAGAGAAUCUUCAUCCUCUCUCAAAGCUCAAGUGCUUGUUUCUUGGGCAAAAUGGAUUGACGUGUAUCGAAAACCUCGACAGUUGUCCGGAGUUAGUUGUUUUGGACCUAUCGGAGAACAGCAUCUGCCGCAUAGAGGGCCUUGAAAAACUUAAGAGGCUUUCAUCCUUCAAGAUUGCUCGUAACAAGCUGACCUCUCUUUCGGUGGGUAACACGCAGAAUGAUCCCUUAACAAACGUUGAUAUGUCUUACAACUCUUUGUGCUUUCACGACGAAAUUGCGCUACCUGGCCUCUCGGUGCCUCAUGAAAACAGCUGCUCAGCUUUAAUCUCUGCUCCUUCAACACCACCCAAGGAAGGCGAAACUUCGCACGAAGAUGUCCCUCAACAUGACAAAACGUACAUGAAUCAGACGGCCCCAAGUGGGUGUCAUGUGAAGGUGGAAAGUUCAAAGAAAGACAGAAAUGGUAUCUCCCCUACCCCCUGGCCAACUGCGAAGGGAGCACAGCCGGAAAAUAGUAUUCCGAAUGCUGACGAAAGCAGAGGAUUUGUGGAGUGCUUCAAGUCUUUGCCAGGGCUGGCUACUCUGUGCUUGAUGGGGAACCCAGUGACCAGACAAAUCGUGCAGUAUCGGCGGACAUUGAUAGCAAAUCUCCCAGCUUUGCGGUACCUUGAUGACCGUCCUGUUAAAAAAGUAGAUCACGAGGCGGCACUUGCUUGGUUUAGAGGCGGGUGGGAGGAGGAGCAAAAGGUGAUCAGAGCUCACAAGGAGCGCGAACAAGAAACUCUCCGGGGCCACGUUUCAACUUUGCGUCGCCUGCAGAAGUUCCACAGAAACCGUGUGCGGCAACAGGUCAAUCCAGGCAGCUGCGGACAAAUGGCUGAGACGCGCGGGACGCCAUCACGGGAGUUUUUUGAAGGAUGCAAUGGAUGA